AUGAGCAGCUACAACCCCCUAUCCCUCUUCCCCCUGCCUCCGCAGAUCAGCGACCCGAAGCCGGUCCCGAGUGCGCUCGCCGUCGAUGCGUUCUCGGACAUGCUCUGGGUCGGGUCGUCUGGCGGCAUCGUGUCCGCGUUCGUGAAUCCGCUGACGCUCACGCGCAACGUGCAGUUUCCAGCGCACGGCGGGAGCGCCGCCUCCGGCAAGAAGUUUACGGGCAACAUGCACGGCUUGCAGAGUGGCGUGCGGCAGAUCCGGCUCACGGACCGGGAGAUCUGGACGCUGACGGACGGCGGGAUGAGCGGGCGGAAACGCGGGGGCGCACCGCGCUGGAGCGUCUCGGACCCAACACGCUCGCUGAGGGCGAUGGCGCCGAGCCCGACGAAUUCGCACGAGGUCCUCGCCGGCGGAACGGGGCAGAUGAUCCUCGUGAACAACUCUAGGGGAGAGAUUGUCCGGCACUUUGAGAGCCCCGGCACCGUCGUGCACCUCGGCACGAACCAGGAUCGGAUGGUCGUGAGCGCCUCUGGGUCGGGACAGGUCAGUCUCCUCGAUCCCCGGCUCGGGUUCCGACAGGCGAGCAAGGUCACACCCGUCCAGGCGCACACGGGUGGAAUGAGCGGGGCAGACUGCCAGAAUAACCUCGUCGCGACCUGGGGCUGGACGCACAUGCAGGGCCACCCUGUUCCCGACCCGUUGGUCCGCCUGUACGACAUUCGGACGCUUCGCGCCCUCCCGCCGAUCAGCUUUGCGAGCGGGCCGUCGUUUGUGCUCCUGAACCCGAGCGACUCGAGCAAGAUGGUGAUUGCGGGACAGCAGGGCAUGAUCCAGAGCCACGACAUGAGCACGGGGCAGAACGAGUUCCAGCAGCUCGAUAUCAACUCGUUCAUCACGUCCAUGGCCCUUUCGCCUCAUGGGGAUUAUCUUGUGUUUGGCGACGGAGACGGACAGCUGCACCUCUGGACAACGCACGACGUGGGCGAGGGCGCCGAGCUCGACGCCAACGGCAACCUCGUCCUCCCCACUUUCAACGGGUACGACGGCGUCAAGCCCGAGUGGCCGGAUGCGGUCGAGCCCCCGCCCCCGAUUCACUGGGACGACACGACCCCGCUCAACCUCCUCGGCAUGCCGUACUACGAGGACUCGCUGCUGAGCAACUUCCCGACGAUCGACUAUGCAACGGUGUACUCGCCGUUCUUCAACCCGCCCGAACCUAUCCCGAAUUCGGUCCUCAACUCGCUCAACUACCAGGAUUUUAUCGGAUACGGCCAGCUGCCCAAGGACUACAAGGGCAAGCGGUACCAGCUCACGGCGCGGACGGGGGCGGGCAAACUUGCCCUCGGAAAAGGAGCGCUCGGCUCUCGGCGUGAGAGCGAGCCCCGUUUCCGCUCGGAUAAGGACCGGAAGAGGCAUCCCCCGCCCGAGAUCGAGGAGGAGGCGACAAUAGGCGGCAUCCCAAAGUACUACCGCAAGGUGGAGAUAAAGUACAGUCGCUUCGGUGUGGAGGAUUUCGAUUUUGCCUUCUACAACCGAACAACGUACAGCGGUCUCGAAACCGAUAUCGUUAACAGCUACACGAACGCUCUGCUCCAGGCGCUGCACUACUCGGCGCCCGUGCGCGCCGUCGCCAAGGCGCACAUCUGCGUCGAGUGCCAGAAGGAGAACUGCCUGCUGUGCGAGGCCGGCUUCCUGUUUAGAAUGCUUGAAGACGCAAAGGGGACAAACUGCCAGGCGUCCAACUUUUCCCGGGCGUUCAGCGCCACACCGCAGGCAUCCGCCCUCGGCCUCAUGGACAGCGACAAGGCGCCGCACACGCCAUCGACGCUCAUUCAAAACUUUAACCGCUGGCUCCUGUCGACGUUCACGACGGAGGCGGUUGUCGACGGACAGUCCUUCCAGAUGCGCCCGAGCCUCGACAAACUGAGCCUGGACGCGGCGAGCUCGACGAGCACUACCAGCGCGAUCAACCAGGUCCUCGGCGUCGAUGUCAAGACGACCAACACGUGCCUCUCAUGCAAGCACGUGUCGGUGCGCGCGUCGACGCUCCAGGCUAUCGAUCUGGCUUACCCGCGCAAACCGACGAGUGCGACGCCGUUCCCCGAGGCGCUCCGGAACGCCAUCAUCAAGAGCUCGAGCACGAAAGCCUCGUGCAGCAACUGCAGGGCGUUUGCGCCGCUCGACUCGAAGCGUGACCUUGCCUCGUCGCCAGAGGAAAGCCUCCCGCCCGUGCUCAGCGUCAACGCGAUGGUGUCGACGCCCGAGCAGCUCGAGGUCUGGAAGGACCGCACCGAGGGCGGUAAAGUGAAGCACUACCUCCCUCCGCGCGUUGCGUUCCGGACCGACGAGAGGGGCGAGGUCGUCGCCUCGGCCGACGUGGAGGAGGACAAGGGCGGCAUCGUGUACGAGGUUAAGAGCGUCGUGGUGCAAGUCCAAACAGCACCCGACAAGCCCGCGCACCUCAUAUCGUUCGUCAAGAUGCCACAGGAGGAGGACGAGGAUGAACCCAAGUGGAUCAUGUUCAACGACUUCCUUGUCCGUCCCGUGCGCGAGGAGGAGGUCUUCACCUUCACCGAGAGCUGGAAGGUGCCCGCCGUCAUCAUCCUGGAGCGAACCGACGCCGCGAGCGUGCUGUCGUAUGCGUCGUUGCCAACGCAGCUCGACCCCAGUGUGCUUUUCACGGACGCGAAUAUGGCCUGGCACCGGCGCAAGGACAUGAUCAAGCACGAGGUGCUGAGCAAGGACGAGCUGCCGAAGCCCGGCACGCUGAUAUCCAUUGACGCCGAGUUCGUAGCCCUGCAGAGCGAGGAACUUGAGUUCCGCUCCGACGGCACGCGCAAGAUCCUGCGCCCCUCGCACAUGUCGCUUGCGCGCGUGUCCGUCCUCCGCGGCCCCGGGCCCAAGGAGGCCGUCCCCUUCAUCGACGACUACAUCCGCACGACCGAGACGGUGCAGGACUACCUGACCGAGUUUAGCGGCAUCAAGGCCGGCGACCUGGACCCGAACCAGAGCGUGCACACCCUCGUGCCCCUCAAGGUGGCGUACAAGAAGCUGCGCCUGCUCGUGGAUCUCGGAUGCGUGUUCAUCGGCCACGGCCUCAGCAAGGACUUUCGGACGAUCAACAUCUUCGUGCCCCCCGACCAAGUCCUGGACACUGUCAACCUGUACACAAUCCCCGGCCGGAGUCGCAAGCUGUCGCUACGCUUCCUGACAUGGUUCCUGCUGAAAAAGGACAUUCAGCAGAACGACCAUGGCCACGACUCGAUCGAGGACGCGCGGCACGCAUACCUCCUCUACAAGAAGUAUGUCGAGUUCAAGGCCGAGGACCGCUUCGAGGACGUCAUGGACGACAUCUUCCACGAGGGGCACAAGACGGGCUUCAAGCCCAAGAGCGAGAGCGAGAAGGCCGCGUCGGCCGCGUCGGCUGCUGGGUCCACUGCCGUCACGAGCCCCACGACGACGGCCGCGAGCGUCACGGCUGGCAAUGCAUCGUCGAGCGAUGAGAGGAGCAGUACGCCCAGUGCCUUCCCGCCCCUCACUGGACGGAGGAAGGGAGGACAUAACCAGCCCACACAGAGCACGGCGAAUCCGAGGGGACAGUGGACGCCGUUCCAGAACACGGCGCAGAGGAGGUGGCAAUAG